AUGAAGGAAAAGGACUCAGGCGCCAUCUUGGUAUACUGCGAGGGGGACAUUGGUUGUGUUGAUGCUGAUCGAUCGGUCAAAUCGGGAAAGGAUGGAAUGCAUUCGACGGAUGUUGCGAAUAAAAAGUUUUUCUUCCCCAUGGUUACCAUUCUUCUGAUGGGAGAAACGCGUUUUCAUGCGCCAAACAAGGUCUGGAUUCUGAAGGAAGUCGGAAAUGGAUACUUUACGUUUGAACUUGUCAAAACAGGUAACAUCUUCAACUCAAAUUGCAAUGGAAAUGCCGUCAAAGGUGGCUUGGUUGCCAAUAUUUUUGUCAGCGGAAGUUUGGGCAUACUCGAGGAGGCCGAUACUGUUCCAGUCUUCACAUGUUUUCCAGAGACCGUUGCGGUGGGCUUUGGUGUCAAUAUUAUUGUGUUGUUCAAGGUGUUGUUCCAUGUCGAGGGUGUAGGGCUCAAGUUUAUUGGGGACUUUUUCAUGGCGUUCCACUUCAGCAAUAGUGGCAUGAAUAUCAGGAGACAUUUUGGUAUCGCUCCGGUUGUUGUAGCGGGGAUCACAACCGGUAAAGAGGCAGAUAAAAGACGCUGCUGCAUGGAGGUACUGCUUGGUUGUGGCAGACUUGAUGUAUUGUCCUUUAAGGGUGCAACCGGUAGCAAGUGCCACUGUGUAGAGCGUUCGUGA